AAAAAGCGGUAACAAACAAGAAUAGAGCUGGGAUCUAUUCGUCCUAUUCAGUUCAAAAAGGCUCAGGCAAACUACAGCACAUGUGCAUUGAACGCGGCCAGUGUUAGUGUAACGGGAAAUGGUUAUUUGAGGCGUGUGCUGCUGACUCUGAGCUAAAUUACCCAUAUACUUGUGCGUGCUAACUGCAAUUUAAUUACCAGUUGAGUUAAUAGAUGGGAAAGAGGCUUACACAUGCUGAUAGCGACAGUAGCAGGAAGGCUAACGCAGUUACGGUAGUGGCUCAAGGACGUUUAAGUUUAACGAUAACGGAUGAGAUUAUUAAGUUUAAUGCCGUGCACAUCUGAAAAGGAUGAGACGUACAUGUAUCUAAGUUAAGGCUUUACACAGCGAAAUGUUUGCUGAUAAGAUUCCCAUCGACAUGACAUGACUUUUCUGAUAAUACUAAUAACAAAUUGCCAGAAUUAUACUUGUUGAUUAUGAGAAAUGAGUUAAAUUCACGCUACAACGUUACUUUGAAUGAUCGUAAUCGACUGUUUGUAUCUCUGGAGUACGUUGAUCAGCUGAGUUAUUUUUCAAACUUCGCCUUUCUAUAUGUUUGUGGUGUGCGCCUCAGCAUGAAUCGGUCACGAGAAUCUCGAUAAUUAGACUCGUAUAGGCAAGUACCCUGACUUGCGCGUCUGCAUUGUCUCACUUCCAGAUUUGGCCGCAAGCAAGUUCCAGUAUCUAGAAUACGUGUCGAGCGAAAUUUUUUGUGAUUCAUGCUUAAUUUUAAGCAAACAACGAAGCCGAUACGCAAGAACAAUGUUUUGAAUCUGCGAUUACAAAACAUCGUCCGAAUAUGAAACUAUUAUGUACCAACAGAAAAUGUUAUAAAGCAAUACAACGAUAUGAACAAAAUAACGAUAUGGGUAUUAGUUUGUGUAUGGCAUCAUUUGGGCUUUACGGAUAUUUAACGUGGUUUGCUAUAUUCGCCUUUUCAAUCAUCGACGUAAGCCGAUCCUGAAGUAUUUUUUCUUAUAUUGGCUACCACGAUAUUGAGGCCAACGGAAUCCACACCGGCGGUGUCGUCGACACAAUGGACCCUUUUGAAGCCUUCAUAAUUUCUGCUAACAGCAGCUAGAACCGUUGAAGGAACUACUUAACUACUCGUCGUUAAAGCCUCUGUAAUGUCGCUCUUAUGCUGCACAUCGACGAUACUGAAACGCACAGACAGAUGCGAAUCUGCAACGGUGAAUGUUCAUCAAUAUACAUCGCAAAGCAAGCAGACGGCGCAGGAAAAUAACAUGAAUGGUGUCGUCAUAUUCAGUGAUCUUGCCUCAACUGGACGACUUCAAAAAGUUUUGCUACAAGUUCUACGCCGCCGAAAAGAGGUUUCACGAAUCAAGCGCCUGUUUCAGGUCCCUGCGUUAAAGCACACACUGUCACAACGGAAAGAGUGGACUGACCUGACAGGAAACCUAUUGGUACCUGAUCAUGAUAACGAUGGCUCUGCGAACGAUGCCGUAGCGCCUGCACCGUUUCGAGAAAAUCCACCAUCGAUCGGAAGGCUCCAAGACGCUCUUCGGAUGAAGCAUACGUACUACAGGCCAGCACCAGGAAAUAAAGAACCAGAGUGGGAAAAUUACACUGCGAUUCCCGUGGUCGAACUGAUCUAUAAGAAAAAACACCCAUUGGACGAAGCCGUUUCAAAAGCUUUACCGUCAGCCGCUCCGUUUAACAUAGCCGACAUUCUAGGCGCAUGGGCGUCAAUCUUUCGACUUCAAAAUCUCUUUAACGCUCCUCCAACUGUGCUGCCGGCGGAACCAGAAGACGAGCCAUCAAAAGAGGAGAACUACAUAACUGCUGUCGCUACGGCGGUUCCUCACGAUGAUUCCAAGGAAAACAAUACUUCACUGUCUCUGCCUCCAUUCCAAAUCGAUGUCCCGUUAAUAUCGCGUAAUAUCGCGAGGCAACAACUUAGACCAGACAAUAUAUUGGCUGAAAAGGAACUCCAUUUCUUCGAACCCAUCAAUGAGGCCAAUUUACUGCACGACUUUGAAGUCCCAAACGAUGCUCCAUCAGUUUAUCGACUUCACGAAAACCCCGUACCACUACGCAAUUUCCUGCAGGGACCCGUGACUGGAAAUAAGCUACCAGCUGCCAAACUAAUUCCUCUUAACGAAAGAAAUCUAGUGGACAACAUCGCUCAAGCAAGGUAUCUCAUCCCGGCUGCCCCUUCCGCCAAAUAUGAGCUGCUUCAAGACCGUUACGAAGGAAGUCUCGGAUACAAACUCAACGAAAACAGUCACCAGCUCGCAGUUGAACCAAGUGGCUCCAUCGUGUCCAUGUUCAAUGACGACAAAGCACAGGAACUCAAAUAUAUUUUGCUGAUGCUAUCGGUUUGCAUGAUCCUCUUAACAGUUGUCCUCUACACAGUCCUUUUCUACCUGAUGAUUGAGCUUUCCAUUUGCUGCAUGAUGAGCUGCUUAAUUUGUCCAUUUUGAAGUAUUUGCCCACCGUCGAAUUCGUUGCGAUGUUUCACGGCAACGGCUGUAACGACUUACCGGUGACUUCCGACCAGAUAAUCGCAUCUUUCAGCUAAAGUUGCUGCGUGUCCGAAGAAUGGUUUAGCGAGGAGCUAAACGUCAUGCGCUAAAUUUAACGCAAAAUAAAGUUAUCACAUAUAUUGGCCUCAACAUGUUGGUCGUUUUGUUAGCUUGUUGAUGCUUGUUCUAUGCAGGACUCAAAUAACAGAUACAUAUAUUACAAAUGUUUUCUUUUCAUAAGACAAAAGAUUUAUUUUAGGCCCCAACGGAGUAGUUUAAUAAUUAGAAACAUCGUACCUAAGCAUUUGAGGUGAUUUUACUAAGGAAGCUUGGCCAAUUGCAAAAAGAUUUUGUAACGAUUGUUGCCGAUUGUAACGCAACGUACCUCGAUUAAAGCUUUCUUGUUUUAACAAUGUUUUAUUGGGACGCCUUUAACUGGACAGAAGGGAAGAACCCCGGUGCGCGCACAAAUCAACCCAUAAAAUCUGCGCCAGUUUCACACCGUCUUGUAACAGGGAAUUGCUAUAAACCGAUGCCUUUUCGUCUUCAUAUAAUCAUCACAAAUCCGAUACUUAUAGAUUUAUUUAUUAUAGAUUAGAUAUAUAUAUUUACACAGGUCAUCUAGUACGUGUGGUUGACGGAACUUGAAGGAGUGACCCCUGGUCUCUUUCAGACAGAAGUUUGGCCGUCUAAGCAACCACGCAUCUAUUGUAAUAUACGCAGAGUUUUGUUUCCUAUUUAAGAUGUUGCACAUGGCAUAUAUUUCACUGACAAUAAUUAGAAAUCUGCUCUGCUCCAUUCCUAGGCCGGCGGCAAAUGUGCAGUAGGGAUCCAGCUCACCACAGAAUCUAGUUUGCAGUCAAUUCAUUUAUGAGCCUGAGUGUAAAGUAACCAAUUUAAGUUCUCGUUGUGCACUAUCAAUAAAUGGAGCUUGGAAAUUAUUUGGUCUCUCGAGCUGACAUGUACUUCGUCAUGCUGCUUGUAGCAUUCACUAUCAUCUGUUUUGAGUAGAUAGUAGCAGUUGGGACGAUUACCAAUGCGCUAGAUGCAAGAAAAGUUAUCAGGUGUAUCAAACUGAUGUUUAUCCCUAAAUAAUUUUCUCGUCCAGUUUGAACCUCUCUAUUCGAAUAGUUUCACAUGAUUCCAGUUAUGCAAGACGGUUGUCAACAGAUUGUGGUAUCGCAGAGUUCCGUUUGAGGUCGAUCCUCAAACGCCUGAAGCACCUCACAACUAUCAGGUAAUUUUGGACAUCACUACGGAAGCCGUAAGGUGCAUGCUCGACCUUAUAAUGUUCCAAUCUCGAUAUGUGCCGUGUGUGCUUGACUUUGAUGUCGCAGAAAUUCUAUUGUAAAUGUUUUGUGAGACAAACGAGGCUGCACUCGAGAACUACACGUAGUACCUGUGCUGAUAACCCUUGAUGUAUAAGAUGAAUUUGAAGUAUUUGAUGUUUUAUCAUAGCCUGCUACGUAUUUUAUGAAUCCAUCAAAAAGACACUGAUUGCCAAAUUACCUAAUUACAUAAUUAUAAGUUUUAAUUUCCGUUUAAUUUAAUUUUGGAUAUCGAUUAUCGAAAGCGAGCUCAAGAGUCACCAAAACCGCUAGAAAAGUAUUCAGUCUGAAAAAUGAAUAUCACUAUAUUUUGGCUCAAAUAAAAGGACUUCGUAGGUCUUGGCUACACUUUUCGUUGCACAAAUAUACUCUUCGUACAUUGAAUCUAGAUUACAAGUAAUGCCUAUAUCGCAAAGCCACGAGACUAGAAUCGCAAUCUACUUCGGUAACUUUUAAAAAAUUAAGAUGACGCCGUUAGCUGUACGAACUGCCUGUCAAUGUCAUAGCUAAAUGGGUAUGUUAUAUUUAAAAGUAGCCGCUUAAUAGAGAAACAUUCCGAACCUAAACAUAAAUCGAUAUACUUAGGCAGCAUCUAUAAUACGGCGAGAUCUCGAAACUAAUGAAAUCUAGAAGCUGCUGUAUGAGAAACGUACCAUGGCGUCAGCUGUCCAUAAUUGUAUAUCUAUACGCUCAAAUACAGUAAAUUGGUAUUUAUACAGCAUAAUUCAUAACCAGUAACACCAGACAGAAGUUGUAUCAUACCUGUUACGAACAUGCUCUUAGCAAUAAGUCGCGUUUAGUGUCCGAUGGCACAAAUGACUACAUAGAACCAUUUGCUUGUACCAAAUAUAAGCUACCCAAAAAUCCGAAUUUGAUUUCAGCACUUGAAUCGUUAGGUGUGGUUCCAGAGGGCUGUUAUCUUCUGGCACGGAACGAAGUGUCUACGCCCAAAUUCGAACCUAGACCACCAUGUGUUUCUAAAUGUAGCAAGCAAAUACGUUACCAGUGCACUUAAAAUAUGUGGGCUAUCUGACCGAUCUUCGAUACGUUAAGCACCUUAUAAGCCAGCUUUCUUAUAGGACCCGAACUAAUUAUAAAAGAUUUGUCUUCACCUAACAAAAUCCAAUCGUAGUCACGAUUCUACUCUCGUGUAUCCUUGUAAACUUGCUUUGUUUUUCCUAGAGUUUUUUUAUAGUAAGCCAUGGCCAACAAAUAAAACAGCUUCAUAACGGAAUAUAUCGAUUACAGGUUGGAUCUGCCUCGUCUUUUAAUGAUAAGUAGACAUAGAAAAAUAACUUAGUCAUUUUUUUUACCUACUACUAUGUAUAAUACCAUUUUUCUGUUGGAUAUAUUUCACGAAUCCGUCAACAUUUACUUAUAAAUGUAUAUACAGUCAAAAAUGCUAUUUACAUAUUUAGCAGCUACAUUACACUUCCGCUUCUGUUCUAGUAGAGAAGGAAAAUUGUCUGCAAAGCAUCCUUGGAGCGCGUAGAAGUUUUCCCCCGCCGUUCAAAGAAUGUCAAGUGUUCAGUGCGAAUGUCCAAUGUCUAGCUCAAGGGCGGAACUGAGUAAAGCAGCUUCGACGUCAGCCCCACACAGGACACUGCUUUACAGCUUCCCCCAGCGAACCGUGAUUCGGCCAGCUUUGUUCCACACAUACACACACUCUUCGAUACAGGUUACAUGCUCCCUGACUGUUCAUUUCGCGAAAAGCCUAUAUUCCAGACUUAUGAAAUUAAAUAAUGGUUAAAAUACUACUAGAUAAAUAGUUCAUAAUUAAAACAGCAAAAAACACCAUCGAACAAGCACAACAUUUUAAUUAACUAUCGAAUUGGUUUCCUGCUGAAUAUAAGGUGUUGUACUACGAAAUCUGCUUUGCUUCUCUAGUUUUUGCAGAACGAAAAUAGACUUUAACCUCAGCAAAGCUGCCAUAAAUCUGGCAAAGAAUCCCGUCAUACACAGACAAGCGGCGGAACAUCAGCGGACGGUGAUGCGCUAAGUCCUAUAGAAAUCAGCAACUAGUCACAAUGUCACAAAGUUACCACUGUACUUAGGGCACAGAAAGCUAACUUAUCCGAAGUAAUACAGUAUUUAGACGCAAGGUAGCAGAUUAGGAGGUGCGGUAGGAAAACCCGAUUAGAAACUGUUUGGUAUUCUCAGAGUGAACAAGUGCUGCCGUAUUUCUUAUUCAAAGUACAUACUAUACUACUUGCUAUGUGGGUUUAGUUGACAUUGCCAUUGUAAUAGCCUAAGGAAGAUAAGCUGGCAUCGGCGUGGCCCGGGUCUUAGCUGGCGGGUAGAGCCCGACCUUGAAAACCGAAUAAUGGCCAAGCCUUCGAUUAAACAGCGAAAUCUCGCAUGUAUCAUAAACCUAUUGCCAAACCCGCGAUCGAUUUCUCCCGGAUAUGAGCCAGCAUUUUGCCAGUUUUCCCGAAGGUCUCUACUAGUUCGGAAGAAGUUUUCAAGCUCAAAAGUUUAUUCUGCUACUGAAAG